CUGGCCGUCUUCACGGAGGUGCCUCGCGCUGCCCGCUCGGCCAUGUCGUCCACCAAACGCGUGGCGCUGGUGACCGGCGCCAACAAAGGCAUCGGCUUCGCCAUCACGCGCGAGCUGUGCCGCAGCUUCUCCGGGGACGUGGUGCUCACGGCGCGGGACGAGGCGCGGGGCCGCGCGGCCGUGCAGCAGCUGCAGGCCGAGGGGCUCAGCCCGCGCUUCCACCCGCUGGACAUCGACGACGUGCAGAGCAUCCGCGCCCUGCGCGACUUCCUGCGCCGGGAGUACGGGGGGCUCAACGUGCUGGUCAACAACGCGGGCAUCGCCUUCAAGAGGGCCGAUCCCACACCCUUUCAUAUUCAAGCGGAAGUGACCCUGAAAACAAACUACUUUGGUACCAAAGAUGUCAGCACCGAGCUACUCCCUCUAAUGAAACCCCAAGGCCGAGUGGUCAAUGUGUCAAGCAUUCUGAGCGUCAGAUCCCUUAAAAGCUGCAGCCCAGCGUUGCAGGAGAAGUUUCGCAGCGACACCAUCACUGAGGAGGAGCUCACGGGGCUUAUGAACAAGUUUGUGGAAGAUACUAAGAAAGGAGUGCACGAGCAGGAAGGCUGGCCCAACUCCGCGUACGGAGUGAGCAAGAUCGGAGUCACGGUCUUAUCUAGAAUCCAUGCCAGAGAGCUCCGCGAGCAGAGGAGCGGGGACAGCAUCCUCCUGAAUGCCUGCUGCCCCGGGUGGGUGAGGACCGACAUGGCGGGACCCUCGGCUACCAAAAGCCCAGAAGAAGGAGCCGAGACCCCUGUGUAUUUGGCUCUUCUGCCCCCAGAGGCAGAGGGGCCUCACGGACAGUUUGUCAGCGAGAAAAAAGUUGAAAAAUGGUGAGCUCAACUCUCCUCCAUCUGCGAUCUAGAUUUUGUUCCUUGGCCUGAUAUGCCCAAAGGACAUUUACCCUAAUAUCCAUAUUGAAACAACAAAAAAAGAAUAAUCACGACUUCCCUCUCAUGUACUCUGUACUAAUUUGUUACCAAUUGAGUGGAUUAUUGAAUAAGCAGAUGACUAAAUCUAGAAAGUCUUGUGAUUUCUUCUGUGAUACAGAGACAAAAAUAAAAACGGAACAUGCCUGAA